GUCAGCAGAGAGUCGACGAGUGAUGGAGCGGCGCGAGGGAAGGGGAGCUCCGGCUGCGGCCGGGAGGCGGUACAGGGGGGUGAGGCGGAGGAAAUGGGGGCGGUGGGUGUCGGAGAUCCGCCUGCCCAACAGCCGCGAGCGGAUCUGGCUGGGGUCCUACGACGCCCCCGAGAAGGCGGCGCGGGCUUUCGACGCCGCAGCCAUCUGCCUCCGCGGCCGCCGGGCGCACCUCAACUUCCCCGACGACGCUCCCCCUCCGCCCGCCGGCGGCGCCCUGACUCUAACGGACCGCCAGAUCCAGGCCGCCGCCGCCCGCCACGCCGCCGAGACGCCUCGGGCGUCGGGCAGCUGGCGAUCCUUCUCGUUCUCCGAGUCAUCGACACCCUCAGAUGGGACCCACUCCGCGAGCCACGUGGCGGAUACAGAUUGGCCAAACAUCGCGCCGCCGCCAGCGUGCGAUCAGCUCCCUGAAUUCAGCAUGGACAGCUGGCAAAACCCCUUGUCGUCCACGUCGUCACCGCCCUCGGAUAGGACCCAAUACGAGAGCCACGCGCCUGCUACCGAUUGGCUAACCAUCGAGCCGCUUCAUGCCUACGAUCAUCUCCCGGAUUUCGCGGUGUCGCUGGAGGACUUCGUGCUCGACUUAUCAUUCUCGACGGCGGAGGCGCCGCCAGCCGCCGAGGAGAACGAUGGCGUUGACUUCGAGUCGAAUUCUUUCCUUUGGAGCUUCUAGGCAUCGAGCUCCCGAUGUGAUGACAAAUAAAAAUUGGCAGCCCUCCCCAAACGAUGGCCAUGGGGAGCCACCAAAAAUCUCCUUUACCGUAUCCACCGAGGUGGAACUCUUGACGUCACUUUCCCAUUAAAAAAUUCAUUAACUCAUUCGAUUUUUUUUAGGUCCACAUUACAAUAUUCAUUUAAUUGUUAUUCUUUAGAGUAAUUUUUAUUUGUUAAUUUCUCAGCAAAAGGUCCACAAACUUUUUGAUCGAUCCUUUGCUGUGGAAUAAGAAUUGUGAUAAGUGUAUUCAAAUUUUAUAUAUCACUUAACAUAUACAUCCAUUUGUUCUUA